AUGGCACAAGUGUUAGCAAAGCUAAACGACAAAGGGAAGGAUCUAGAAGGCAGCAGCUCAGAGCCAGAACUAGGACACCAGGAAGGUAACAGGAGGAGAGAGGUGCAAAAAGGAGUUCAGGACAGAUAUGAGUCCAGAGAGAACAGAACACUCUCCAGGUUGCCUAAGGUGGAUCUGCCAACAUUCACUGGGGAGAACCCAAGGGAGUGGAUCAGGAAGGCCAAUAAGUACUUUAAAAUCAAUGGAGUGGAGGAGGAGAUGAAAUCUAAAGUUACAGAACUCUAUUUCAGGGAUAAGGCAGAUAUAUGGUUCCAUGGAGUGUUUAAUGGUAGGGAUGCUAUUUCAUGGGAAGAGCUCUGCAAUGCACCGUGCGAGAGAUUUGGAGAUGGCUCUCCUGAGGAAGCCAUAGAAGAAUUCAAUAAACUGAUGCAGACAGGAACAGUAGCUGACUACUUGGAGCAAUUUGAAAUGCUCAAAGCCUUGGUAAUGCCUUCCCUUCCCCAUUUACAAGAUUGCUACAAUAAAACCUGUUUUCUUAGUGGAUUGAAAGAGGAGAUAGUAACCAUGGUAAAAAUGGCCAAACCUAAAACACUAGCAGAUGCCAUAGAGGCUGCCAAACUAUAG